AUGGCCCUCGCCUCCUCCGCCGAAGCCAAGAAGGGUCUCCACGGCAAAGGCUUCACCGGCGACGGUGUCCUCGGCGCCGGUGCCCAAUUCCUCGGCGGCGUAGUCGGCGGCGCCAUUGGCCGCCGCAGCAUCCACGAGCGCCGCCAGACCGAUCCCCUCGACGCUGUCCCUCAAUACAACUACGACAUGUGCCGCGAGUCUCUCAGCGGCGCCAAGCUCACUUUUACUCCUGCCGGUCCUGGCGGUUUCCAGGUUGCUGGUGUUCCUAGCACUUGUAUGGUUCUUGCUACUUCUUUGACUGGUAGCUUCAAUGCUGGGUUCCCUAUUCCUCUGGGAGCUGAUUCGCUCAAGUUCAGCGGUCUUACCGACGCGGAAAUGCAGGAGCUUCAGUCUUACUUCCACUAGAUGGGGUUUUGAUGAUAGGACUUCGACAAUGGGC